UAAUUCCAUCAAUCUUCUUCGUUCUCUGGCUUCUCUUGGUUCCGCACCGUCGGGGAUCUCUGAUCUCUCAAAGAUCGCUUGUACGCUACGCAGAUCUCACCCAUGACUCGUGGAAGUCAAAGAGAGCGUGACCGUGAAAGGGCUUUAGCUCGUACCGGAGGCAAAGGAAAGACCAAAGAUGAUGGCUUAACUCCAGAGCAACGUCGUGAAAGGGAUGCAAAAGCAUUACAGGAGAAGGCUGCAAAGAAAGCUGCUCAAGCAGCAGCAGCGGCUGGUUCUGGAGGAGGCAAAGGAAACAACAAUACUAAGAAAUGAUGAUCAUCAAUGCUUCCAUGUUUGUAACUUCUAUCUUUUGAUAUUGGCACUGUUUUAUGUGCUUUCUGAAUGUGAAAGUUUGAUGUUUGUGCUUCGUUUGAUUUGGAGUUUUAUAUCACUUUGACUUGAGGAUGUACUUUGAUUAACCAAUGACUCAUCCAAGAAUCAAUGAUUACAAGUA